UCGGGAAGUACUGUUAAUAAUUACUGCAUGCAAGAAAAAUAAAGAACUCGAAGAUUUGCGACUAUUUCACAAAAAGUGAAAGUUGAGAAGUUUAGAAUAAAAGUAUUGGACAAUAUCGGAAAAACCAGUCAAAGCAUUAUUUCUGCAAAUAAAACGCAUAAAAAUGCAGAGAUCUGUACAGAAAAGUGAUUGUACUGCUUAGAUGAGAAAUACUAUUUUUACAGAGAGGUACCGCUAUAAUUUCAACUAGAAUAAAUAAUAAAUUUUAUAACAAAUUAAAGCUAGUUGAAAGUGAGAUUUAUUAGUAUAAAACGAUAAGGGUUACGAAGACAUUCGUAUGUCGAACUCUCGAAAUGUGUAAUAUUUUACCGACUAUAUGUAUGAAAACAAUUAUUCAUGAGAUAAAGUUUGAAUUAAAUGUGAUACAAAAUUAAGUUUAUUUUUUCAUCAUUUAAUGAAUACAAUCAAGAAUCAGUAUUACGAUCACUAGCGUUUUUUACUGCACGAAGUCGAGAUGGAUACGAAGGUCGAAGAGUUGAGUGUGGGUGUGAUUGAAAAGAACCCCACACUCACAUCCGCACUCUCAAUACCAACACGAAGACUUUGCUUUGGCCAGGCAGCACUCUUACGUAUCCACUAUUGUUGUAACUUUACUCUUAAAGCUUUCUUAUUAUUAUAUUUUUCAUCUAAACUAUCUAGUUCAGAUGCUUCAUUAACUCCAUAUUGUUCUCAUCCUUCUUUUCCUCCACAAACUGAUAGUUCUAUUUUUGGCAAUUUAUUCGCAACAACAUAA